AUGGCCAACCAGGGAAAUGGUUCUUAUUCCUCUUCGCACUCCACAUCUCGCAAGAUUCGCUUGAAUCGUGGUGAGAUGUGGAGAAAACAGAAAGCCUCCGAAGGUGAUGGGAGUGGCAUCCCAGUGAAGAGCAGCCUUGCUGAAGGACUGGGGAGGAAGGUGGAGGUUGACAAAGCACCAACGAAUGCUACAGUGACCCCAGAGAAGGCUGCUAAGUCGACAGGAGACUUCCGUGUGAAAACACUGGAGGAAAUCCGCCAGGAGAAAGCGAAUCGACACGGCGGAACUCCAGCUCAGCUCCAAGCUGAAGGGCAGUGUCAAACCGAAGAGCAGAGCACAGAGACACGACCUUCCCAGGCAGUUUGCACCUCAGCUUUCUCCCAAGCCCUGCCUCUCAGAAAACGCAGGCGAUCAGAAGAUGGGAAGCAAAAUGCAGACGAGUUGCCUACCAAGAGAAGGGUUCAGGGUGAAAACAGUAUGCAGGGCGUUCUCACUCCAUCUGUUGCUGGCCAAGAGAAGGUGGAAGAGCCAGUGCAUAAAGUCAAGCCUUUGGAGGAAAUCCAUAUUAAAACCCUGGACGAAAUCAAGAGGGAGAAGGCUCUGCGGCUGCAGCAGAGGGAAGAAAGCGUGUCAGCUCCUCCAGCCCCACCCGCACCUGCCCCAGCACAGAGGAGAUCGAUCCAGAGUCCAAAGCUAACAGCUCCUGCCAUAGAAGCAGAGACGCACGUGGAACGCAGCACAUCAGUUCCAGAAGCUGUGUGCGCAGCUGCACGGAAGCGCAAAGCAGCUGAGAUGUGUGGCAGUGCUGUGAGUGCCACCGCUGACGGCACGGAGGAGCCUCCAGCUAAAACUGCAGCUGUGGCUGUUGCUCCAGCCUGGCCAGAGGACAUCCUGGUCACUGUACGUGAAGCAGAGACACCCCCAAACAGUCCCGACCUUCAUCUGGGAUGCUGGGCAGAGUCUGUGGCCCAGGCAGAGCACUCCAGUUGUGCUUCACCUCCUCCAGAAGUAGCAGCAACGACACAGCAGCUGUGCUCCACUGCAGCAGGGAAGACGGCGUUUGCUGCAGAAGACGGCUAUGAUGAUCUAAUGCUAGAGCUGUCAGGUGGAGAUGUGGAAGGAGGAGAGGAUUUGGAGAUGGGGAUGGAUGUUCAUGAGCUCCUUCAAGAACUCUCUGAAGUGGCUCAAGGAUGCUGGGCAGAGUCCGUGGCCCAGGCAGAGGACUCCAGCUCCGCUUCACCUUCUCCACAAACAGCAGCAAAGGCACAGCAGCUGUGCUCCACCGGGGCAGAGAAAGUGCCAUUUUCUGCCGAAGAUGACUAUGAGCAGCUCAUGCUGGAGCUCUCAGGUGGAGAUCUGCAAGGAGGAGUGGAUUUGGAGCCAGGGAAGGAUGCGGAUGAGCUCCUUCAGGAGCUCUCUGACAUGACUGAGAGCAUAACCCAUUAG